UGUGAUCUGUAAACAUUUUUGACAAAUGUCACUUUGACAACCACAAUCAGAUGUUUCUUAAGGGAAUGGGACAUUAACACUUCAUUCUUUACAUUUCACUGGGAUAUAUUUAAUUUUUGAAGGUGUCAGGUGUUAUCAAAGAAGUUUUGAUGAUUUUCUGAUAGUUCAAUAUGUUGUCCAAAUGGAAAUGGCCGGCCUUUUGUGCCGCAAUAAUUCAUGUGUUAAUCGGAGUACAAUGCGAUGAUUAUAUAGUUGAGAUUAAGAAUAAUGGGCCUGUUGUAAAAGGAGCCUCUAUUCGCUUCACUGCAACUCUGUUUGAAGGGAAUAAACUUGCCUCAGGGACUUUUUCUUACCAUUGGAAAGAUAAUGCCUUACCACCCCAUAAGCAAACGAUAGAAUCUGAUAAACCAGUUGUAACUUGGGACGUUGAGUAUGAUCAUACGUACCCUCCUGGAGAAUAUGAGGUAGAAGUAGCUGUCAAAAAGAAAAUAUAUUGGUAUUAUUAUGAAGUAACCUCUAGACGUUCAUUUUUCCAAUUAACAGGAAGUCUAAAUGGUGAUCUCUAUAUUAUACAGAAAAAUGAAACGAGGUUGAACCAUUUUGUGUCAACAGCUGUGCCAGCAGUUUCGUCCGUUAUUCUGCGUGAGAAUGAUGCGAAAUACAUAUCUAAUGCAACUUCAGUCACAACCUAUUGGUUCGUUGACUGCAUUUACUAUGGUCCUACAAAUAAUGGCCAGUUCACACAUACAUUUCCUACGCCUGAACAGGAACAUACCAUUGAUGUGUUGAUGGUUGCCGAUUUUCAUCCACCACCACCACCGACCACUACUACAACAACAACAACAACCACCACCACUACCACUGCCAAACCUACAACUACUAUAACCACGAUCAAACCAAAUAUUACUACAGCGGUAACAAAACAUCCUAGCAAUAAAACUACUACAGUUUCUACAACUCCAAUUCCUAAACAAAGUGCCAACAGUGCUCACAAAGUUCGUAGAAGCCUGCAAGAAAGUUUGAGCAACAUCGAGCCAAAUAGAACGCAAAAUAUAAGAAUUAAUGUGAACGGAACACUGCAACCAUAUAACGGCAGUUUUCCAUAUAUUUGCAAUGGUACAGUUGCAGUUGAUGAGAUCAAUACUUAUGGAUAUUUCUCUAGGAGUAUUGUGACAAAGGAUCCAAUUUCUUCUGUCAAUGUCACUGGAAACAACUGGCUCCAGCAUGGUGAUAUGUUGGCUCUAUCCAUUGCCUGCGAUGGUUCACCAUCUCUUCGAUACUGUGUGAAGUUCUAUAAAGGACUGUACAAUGCUACAGGAAAUGAAUCCUGUCGUUCUUAUCUCACAUUGGACAACUGCAACUUUCUGAUCCAGAGGUACUUGGGUGAUGCAGAAGAGCAUACUGUUCUUCUGAUUCUGGAAAACGAUGUUACAAAAGUGGUGAAAACUGUAGCUAUUACAGUGUACGAAGUGAAAAAGCAAGCUCAGUUAUCGAUUAUUGUGGUACCUGUGGCUUUUAGCUUGGUUGCAGUAGUCCUUAUUGUUUUUGGGGUGGCCUAUUAUAUCCAGAACCGAGAGAGAUUCAUUGUCGAAGUGGCCGAUUUCAACUUUGGCGUCGACUAUUCCGAUAUGGAAUACAAAACAUUCCGAGAAAGGCUUCAAGAGUCUUUCAUGAACGCUUUCACAAGGGCACCAACGCCUGAUACAUCAGAUCCCCCGAACUGGCCCCCUGGUCAGAGCCAAAAAUAUGAUAGUAUGCAUUGACUGAAUUAAUUUUACCGAAUAUAUUUAUAUAAUACCAUCGAUUGGUGAGACAUAGUGAUAUUAUUCCAAAUAAGAUUCUAUAUUGGUGAUCACAAUAGAAAUUAUAAGUAUUUUGUGUAUCUUAUGACAAGUUUAUAGGCAGAAAAGUUAGGAGCAUUAUCGAUAGGCUUGGCACAUUUGAAUUUUUUUUUUUUCAUGAACUCGUAUCAAUUUUUAUGGAUUCGAGGUGAAUGAAAAGUAUUUCCUGUGAUCUUAACAAAAUUUGACUCUUCCAUUUGGAAAAGUUGUUUUAAUUUAAAAAAAAAAUUUACACUUCACCCUUAGAAUUUAAGAUCUUUGAAGUAUGUGUAUGUUUUUUUUUGUUGUUCAGUUUGAGACUUGUUUAGGUGUUUAUGAUUUCUUUCGAAUAUAUAUAGACAUUUUUCUUGUUUGGAAUUAUUAUGGAUGAAGACCCUAGGUAUGCAAAACUUUGAAUAUUUACACUUUUUCGGCUCAUUGAAUAAUAGCAAUAAAUAACUAGUAUUAACUACUAAAGCUGUUAGGUAUUCUUACUGAAUACUCAUUUCUAUAACUAUUAUUGAAUCGAGUUACAAUGUAGCCAUCAUGUAAAAAAGUUUCCUAUUUUUAGGGUGAAAUAUACUAUUCUUGUACUUUCAUUAAAAUCUUAGCAAUAACCAAUUGUAAAUUACAGUUUUGAAUUUGCUUCAAUACUUCACAAGUAUAAUAUUGCUUAUUUAUCUGUUUUUGUACACUUAGAUAUAAAAAUCCUUUGAAAAUUUCAUUACAAAUAUGUUUAUAUUUUUUGAUACUUAUUUUAUAUUAUUUGAAGAAUCAUUUAUAUCCAUUAAUUGUUUGAGUUACAAUAAAAGUUAUUUGAGAA